AUGCUCCACUGGGACUUCUACGAGCAGAGGCUCGGCCCCAACGCAAGCCUAGACUUCUUCUUGACGGUUCAGGAAUCGGACCCCCUUGCUCGCCUCUUCAUGAACGACUUCAACGUCCUUGAGACCUGCGAUGACACGAAAUCGACUGUCGAUAAUUAUGUCUCGAGGCUUCAAGAAUUCGGAGCAGCCGGGGUGGUAAUGGACGGAAUCGGACUCGAAGGGCAUUUCUCUGCUCCGAAUCCAGCCUUGAUCCACGCUGUGCUCGACAAACUAGCCCUCCUCGAUCUCCCCAUCUGGCUCACGGAGGUGGACAUCAGCAAGAAAUUCGAUCAACAAAUGCAGGGAUGCUACCAAAUGUGCUUAACAGAUAACACUCUCAAGAACCUCCCGGCCGGAGAUGUCGUCGAUGCCCUCCUGAAGGAAUGGCGGACCAGCGCGAUCGAGGGCAAGAGCGAGGUCCAUGGUGCCUUCGGCUUCAUUGGCUUCCACGGCCAAUACCACGUCGCUGUCAGCUGGCAACAGAACCGCGCACACGACGCUGUCUCUCAGCCGCGGCGAUGA